UCCCUGUAUUAAACCCACACCUAUAUAAAUUCUUAAACCCACCGUCUCCGUCAGUGUUCUUGAACGACGUUAAAAGCACGCCGUUCAAAGCUACCCCUGUUUAAUCAAGAAGAUAAAUUUGAAAAUUUCAUUUACCUCAUAAAUCAGGUGGGAAACAAACCCUCCACUUUCUCUCAAUCUCUCUAUCUCUCUCUGUAAUUACCAUUAAACACCCAGAGCUUAGAGAGAGCGAGAGAAAGAGGCAAGACGUAAGUAAAACCCGAAUCCAAUACCAAAUCUACCAUUUUCCAAUCUCAUAUUUAUUAGUAUUUUUAUUUUCGAAUAUUUAAAUUAUAGAAGAAUCUUUCUCUCCUUAUAUUUAGGGUUUUGUUUCAUUUUUCAAAAUUAUGAAAAUCCAUUUAGGGUUUGAAAUUUGAAUACUACCUUUUUUCAAUCUCGUUCUUGUGUAUUCGAUUUCCAUAAACCCUAAAAUGAGCAGUCAAGUUAUUAAUCCACCAAGAAGAAAUCAUCUCUCUACAAAACGCGGUGGUCCUGGUCCAUCGACGGUGAAAAAAGCUGUUUUGACUGACAACGGAAGCAGCAACGGCAACGGCAUCAAUGGGAACUCUACAAAACCAACUUCUCCUCCUCAUCAAUCGUCUGUUGGUGGAGAAAGGACGGUGAAGAAGUUGAGAUUAUCGAAAGCGUUAACUAUACCUGAAGGAACUACUGUAUCUGAUGCUUGUCGAAGGAUGGCUGCUCGUAGAGUUGAUGCAGUUCUUCUUACUGAUGCUAAUGCUUUACUCUCUGGAAUUGUUACUGACAAGGAUAUUGCAACUAGAGUCAUUGCUGAAGGGUUAAGGCCGGAACAGACGAUAGUUUCCAAAGUAAUGACAAGGAGUCCAGUAUUUGUGGCAUCUGAUUCAUUAGCUAUCGAGGCUUUGCAGAAGAUGGUUCAGGGAAAAUUCAGGCAUCUUCCUGUUGUUGAAAAUGGUGAAGUUAUUGCACUGUUAGAUAUUACAAAGUGUCUAUAUGAUGCUAUAUCCAGGAUGGAGAAGGCUGCAGAACAAGGUAGUGCAAUUGCAGCUGCUGUGGGAGGGGUGGAACGUCAGUGGGGAAAGGAUUUAUCUGGGCCAUAUGCUUUCAUAGAAACUCUCAGGGAGCGGAUGUUUAAGCCUUCAUUAUCUACCAUUAUCACUGAAAACACCAAGGUUGCAAUUGUCUCACCCUCGGAUCCUGUUUAUGUGGCUGCGAAAAAAAUGCGAGAUCUUAGAGUCAAUUCAGUGAUAAUCACAACAGGAAACAAGCCACAGGGAAUACUUACUUCGAAGGAUGUGCUUAUGCGAGUCGUGGCUCAGAAUCUUUCCCCUGAAUUAACUCUAGUGGAAAAGGUUAUGACAUCUGACCCUGAAUGUGCAACGUUAGAGACAACAAUUCUCGAUGCAUUGCAUAUAAUGCAUGAUGGCAAGUUUUUACAUCUUCCUGUUGUAGAUAAAGAUGGGUGUGUUGUUGCGUGCAUCGAUGUUCUGCAGAUAACUCAUGCCGCAAUUUCUAUGGUUGAGGGUAGCUCUGGAGCUGUCAAUGACAUGGCAACCACAAUGAUGCAGAAGUUCUGGGAUUCUGCCCUCGCUUUAGACCCACCUGAAGAUGAUUAUGACACGCAAAGUGAAAUGUCCGCAUUUAUGGCGUCAGAUAGUGUAGAACAAGGGAAGUCUUAUCCGUCUCUUGGUUUAGGAAAUUCAUUUGCCUUCAAAUUUGAGGAUCGUAAGGGUGGUGUACAUCGGCUCAAUUGCGGUACUGAGAAUUUGGAGGAGCUUGUAUCUACCGUUAUGCAGAGGAUAGGAACUGACAGUGAUCAAGAUCGUCCACAGUUUUUGUAUGAAGAUGAUGAAGGAGAUAAAGUGCUGCUUACAACAGAUAGUGACCUUGCUGCGGCUAUUAGCCACGCUCGGACAACGGGUUUGAAGGUCUUAAGGUUGCACCUUGAGUAUUCUGAAUCACCUAAAUCCAGAAAGAAGCAAUUACAAGAAAAAGCAUUGGACACUACAGCAAGUGGUACAAAGACUGGAUUUGGGACUCUUCAAACUGGAAUUUUGGCAGGUACAAUGGUGUUGACAGGACUAGCUGUAGUGGUGUACUUGAAGCGAUCCAAGGGUUAAUGUUGCCUUGGUGGGAUGCAUCCAACGAGAAAUAUCAAUUGGCAGGACAAACCCAACCCUGGGAAUAUGCCUAGGGCGGCUUCAUUUUGGGAGGACCGACAUCUAGCCCAACACGAAAUGAUGAUGUACAAUAAUAUAAAUGUAAAUUUGCUUCUCUAUUUUUCAUUUCCUGUCCCAAAGUGGAAAAAGAAAAAGAUUUGUUUCAAAACAAAAAAUCAGAAAAAAUAUGCUUGUUUGGGAAGCUUAAUCUUGUCAGAAUGAGUUUUCUACAUGAAAUGUAUUGUGUUAGAACCUUUCAAGUUCAAAAUCAUAAUGUAUAAAAGGUUCCCCAUGGGUGCAAAAAGAAUUUUCCUCA